UUACUGGACUAAAAAGAAUGUUAAACAUGACAAACCGUUUCCGCUGUUUGGAAAUCAUUUUUAAACACUUUUUGGAAUGAAAGGCGUAGUAGAGGUUACAACUAAAAUGUACAACAAAUAUCCAGAAGAGAAAGUAGUUGGAUACUUUCGGGGACCAACGCCUGAGUUGAUAAUCAGGGAUCCAGAUGUUGUUCGAGAUAUUUUGAGCGUAGACUUCGCAUAUUUUUAUCCACGUGGCUUAGGUAGAAAUACCGAGAUUGAACCACUGCACCAAAAUAUUUUUCAUCUCGAUGGUGACUUAUGGAAAUUAUUGAGGCAAAGACUGACUCCAGCAUUUACUACAUCUAAAUUGAAAAAUAUGUUUCCACUUAUAGUGAUGUGUACAGAGAAACUUGAAACUACAGGAAACGAAAUAGUAGCCGCAGGAGGAGAGUGUGAUGUAUACGAACUUAUGGCGCGUUUUUCAACAGAUUUUAUAGGAAGUUGUGGAUUUGGCCUUGAAAUGGACGCAAUAAACAACGAAAAUUCUGUUUUUAGAAAAAUAGGAAAGAAAAUUUUUGAUCCCUCUUUGACGAAUGAUAUUCUAAUCAUGCUAUGGGAAAUUUUUCCAGGGAUAAGAAAAUUCAUCCGCAUGACUGACAAUAAUUUAGAAAGAUCAUUUACAAGCAUAAUAAUGAAAAUAUUUGAACAAAGAAAUUUUAAGCCUUCUGGUAGAAACGAUUUUGUUGAUUUCGUUUUAGAUUUAGCUGGGAAGGGUAAAAUAAUUGGGGAUUCUAUUGAGCAUCGACAUUCAGACGGUUCGCCUAAGAAGAUUGAAUUAGAAAUGAAUUCAUCGUGCCUUAUAGCCCAAAUAUAUUUAUUUUUUGCAGCUGGUUUUGAAACAUCGUCAUCGAGUACCAGCUAUACAUUACAUGAACUUGCAUUCAAUUUGGACAUACAGGAAAAAAUACAAGAUGAAAUUGAUCGUGUGCUUUUAAAGCAUGAUAAUCGGCUGUGUUACGAAGCUGUUGCAGAAAUGACACUUUUAGAUAUGGCUUUUAAAGAGGCAAUGAGAAUUGUACCCCCUGGAGGAAGAUUGCAUAGAGUGUGUGCUAGUAAAUAUACAAUUUCUCAACUUGGAAUAAGUAUAGAUCCCGGUGUAAAAAUAUUAAUUCCUUCACAAGCGUUACAUAAUGAUAAACUUUAUUUCAAAAAUCCCGAAGUAUUCAAUCCAGAAAGAUUUGGAAAAAAUGAAAUUAAUGAAAUCAAUAAAUAUGUCUACAUGCCCUUCGGAGAAGGUCCACGUGCAUGUAUAGGCGCUCGGUUAGGUCAGAUGCAGUCUCUAGCUGGACUUGCCGCUGUGUUACGCAACUUCACAGUGGUACCAUCAGAGAAAUCCAAGAGAAAAUUAACUAUGAACCCUCGACUACGCAUUAUACAGGGUGUUUUAAACGGAAUCCCACUUAAACUUAAAUUACGUGAGAAAUAA